GUGAGAGCAGAUCGCAGUCUCGCUGCAUCCUCCGUCUCCGGAUCUCACCCUGGUGCCCCGCAGGCGGGUGUGGCUGGUGGCCCUGGGGGUCGCCAUGCUCCUGGUCCUGGUCAUUGUGAUCCCGCUGCUGGCGCUGCCGCCCCCGGGCCAGGGCCACUAUGAGAUGCUGGGGACCUGCAGGAUGAUCUGUGACCCGUACACCGGACACCCCCCAAACACCCCGGGAGAGGCUCUGCAGGACCUCAGCGGGGCCCCUCCGCCCUUCAUCCAGGGGCCAAAGGGUGAGCCGGGCAGGCCGGGGAAGCCAGGGGCCCGGGGCCCCCCAGGAGAGCCGGGACCCCCAGGAGCCAGGGGCCCGCCAGGAGAGAGGGGUGAGCCCGGCAGAGCGGGGGGUUCGGGAGGCUCCGUGUCCGGCACCGCCUCAGCCGCGCUCCCCGGACCCCGCAUCGCCUUCUAUGUCGGGCUGAAGAGCCCCCACGAGGGCUACGAGCUGUUGAAGUUCGACGACGUGGUGACCAACCUGGGCAACCACUACGACCCCAGCACCGGCAAGUUCACCUGCCAGGUGCCCGGCAUCUACUACUUCACCUACCACAUCCUCAUGCGGGGCGGCGACGGCACCAGCAUGUGGGCGGACCUCUGCAAGAACGGCCAGGUCCGGGCCAGCGCUAUCGCUCAGGACGCGGAUCAGAACUACGACUACGCCAGUAACAGUGUGGUGCUUCAUCUGGACUCAGGGGAUGAGAUUUAUGUCAAACUGGACGGGGGGAAAGCUCACGGAGGAAACAAUAAUAAAUACAGCACAUUCUCCGGCUUCAUUCUGUACCCGGACUAGAGGCGCCCGCUGGACAAUGGUUACCUGGUAGGACUGAACACCCACAUGCAUACGGCAUACCUGGGAACACCUGGAUUUCCUAUUCUGUUUAUCAUUUGUGUACAUCACAUUCAGUAGUUACAGAAGCUGGAGGUCACCGUCCACUCUCCACAUAAAUACAUCCGUAUGUAGGCCGUGCCACAUCGUACACAUACUUAUUUUUUACUAACAGUCAAUAAUAUAUAGCACCCACAUGUUGUGCCGCGCUGUACAGCCGUCAUCAGUCCCUGAUCCAGCGCAGCUUACUUUCUAAGGGCCUCAUUCUGGGUUGGAUGCAAGUCCAAAUGCGGAUGCAUCCCGCGGACAUCUCAAGACUGCGCAUGUGCCAUAGACAGCAAUCAGAGACUGCGCACGCACCGCAUCGUGUAUGUGCACACGGAAGGAGAUCCCCAGAGUGCCUUAGCGGAUCUCUCUUCCCGUGAAAUGUGCAUUUCUAGAAGAGAGCGUUCUGGAUCAGGCCCGCCCUUGUGGGAGUGUCCUGGCUGGGUGUGCGGGCCGCCUUGUGUGCAAGUUUGCAGUAGG